GUUACUUCAAAAUGGCGGACGAACAAGAACAGGGUGUUGUUGCUUUGCAAAGCGUCGAAGAACCGCUUGAUUUGGUAAGAUUAAGUUUGGAUGAAAAAAUCUAUGUUAAAAUGAGAAAUGGAAGAGAAUUACGGGGUAUUUUGCACGCUUUCGACCAGCAUUUAAACAUGAUUUUGGGAGACGUCGAAGAAACAGUGACUACAGUUGAAAUCGACGAAGAAACGUACGAAGAAAUGUAUAAAUCAAGCCGUAGAAAAAUUCCAAUGCUAUUCGUGAGAGGUGAUGGUGUUAUCUUGGUUUCACCACCAAUGAGAACAGUUAACCAAUAG